AUGUUCAAUAAAUUCAAGCUGAGAAAGGCUCCACUUUCUCUUUCUAGCGUUUCGAACGCUAUAAAGCUGAAUUCAGAACCGAAUUUGCUGCCCACCGCAUUGCUGAGCAAGGAUCUCUCGGUGGCUAUCGCCUUUUAUUUGGGACUUCCUAAAAAUCUGAUUCUUGCAGUGGCAUACGACCCCGUACAACUGUUGUUUGCCGUGUCCACGAAAAACAACGAAGUGAGAGUGUUUGGUCAAUAUAUCGUUGAGGUCGUGUUUCAAUUCAAACUGACGCAACCGAUUACUGAGUUGCGAUUCGUUAAAGGUGUGUACCUCCUUGCUAUAUCACCUAUGGGUGGAGCAGUAACUGUACUUUCCUUGUAUUCGAAGCAAAUUCUAGGGAAUUUCUCCGUGCCUGGGCUGGCACAACUGUUUGAAACUGACUACUCGUUAGAUUGGCUAUUAUGUGGUCUAGGCAAUGGUCAAUUGAUGGUCUAUGACAUUGAUCGCCUUAGUCAAACUCCUUUUCGAGUGGAUAAUUUACAGAAGAAGAUUUUACCCAAACAUCGAUUAAGUCCAAUUUACAUGAUUGAAUGGCAUCCCCGAGAUAUCGGAACAAUUUUGUUGACCUACAGUCACCUGGCAAUUUUGUAUUCAUUUACAAGAGGUGAGAUUAUUCAGAAGUUCAUUUAUGUUUUGGAAAAGGGCUCUAAGGGCUUUGAGUUUUCAAAUCACAUUGAGAGUGGUGGCAAGAAGAAGGUUUUUGGUAGUGUGAAGCAAGUGAUUCCAGAAAUAAAGGAAGCUCAUUUUCACCCCAAUGGUCUUCAUGUACUCACGGUGCAUGUCGACAAUACUUUGUGCUUUUGGGAUGCUGCCGAUGGUACAUUAAUUCAAGCGCGUUCAUUAUUCGCUGUUAAUUUGAAUCAUCCCGGUACACCAACGACGCCUGCUAAAGAGACCCCCUUUGCACCGAUCACGGCAGUUAGAUGGGUAUGUAGUGCUGAUCCCGAAAUCACCCAGUUAAUUAUAGCUGGUGGUGAUCCUGAGCGUCCCAAUGUCUUGUCUGUGCUUGAUUUCGGCCAGACUCUCAGUUAUACGCUCACAAGCCACGAAAAGCAGUCCCAAUUUUAUGCACUGCCACAAGGUGGACAGCGUCAAAUUCCUUUCCUCAUGCAUGAAAUUCCAGCGGAAUUGAAUACUGGAGACCCAGAGGAGAUUGUCAGAAUUUUGCCUGUCCCACCAGCAGACUUUUGCUACUUUAACGGGAAUCACGAUCCACAUUAUCUCUUCUUGUUGAGCAACUAUGGAUCUCUCUAUUUGGUACCAUAUUCCAGCACCGGAGAGGACAUUAAUGUGGCAAAUUUGCUAAUGCCACCAAGUCUCUCGAUGGUGAUCCCGCCAGUAUCCUUUUCAAAGGUGAAGCAAGUUCCCAGAGUUGAAUGGUAUUCCUUGUUGUCACUGCGAAAGGGAACAGGUGCUUCUCAACGGUUGACAAGGUUGCUCAAAGGGGGUUUAGCUAAUGAAAACUCUACACCUCGACCAGUGGGCGCCGACCCUGAAGCUAGAGCUAUCUUAUGCACGGGCCACGAGUUGGGGGUAGUUCGAUUAUUGGACAUCUCUCGUGGUGCGCAGCAUACCCCGGAACUGAUCGUCCAGAUAAAUUUGAAUGAUUGUUUGUUUAAUUAUGGUCACCCCAAAUAUCUUCGUGUGAGCGCAGUUAGUGUCGCAUUUGAGAGUCGAGAAAUGCUCAUUGCUCUAGCACUGGGCGAAGUCGUCAUUUGUCGGUUUGGAAAAACCACAAAUCCUCUGUUGCCAACUGGUGUAUACCCAUCAGAUUACGGUGAUUGUCCUAUUCAGCAUUCUAAUGGUGAUGCAAAGUUAUUGGACAUCAGAGACAGAGCCGUGGGUAGCGGAUUACUGACAUUCAUUCCUCUGUUUCUUUUGCAACUUGAUACUGGGGAAAUUAUUACUUGCAUUCGCAUGUGUGAUGCAGGUUUUGCUGCCAUUGGCUACAAUACGGGGAGAUUAGUAGUUUGCGACGUUACUCGUGGACCUGCGGUUAUCUACAAUCAAAAACUGGUUGGAGAACUUCUGCUACAAGCCGAUAAGUGUUACCCGACGUGCCUCCAGUUUACCAUCAUGGAAGAUGGACAGGAUGGGUUCUCACUGCUUAUGUUGUUAGUGGGUACUAAUGGAGGUGGUCACUUUUUACUGUUCAAGCUCGUACCCAUGGGGAACGGUGGAUGGCUGGUCAACUUUUCUAGUAAAACGGCCAACUUAAACUACAGACGUCUCGGUGGCGAAGAUCCUGCAAAGCUGAAGCUUGACAAACUUAUCCCUGUCAAUGCUCUGGAUGGGUCAACUGCUCGUGCUUCCCUUGCCAUGUUUGAACGUCUUGCGCAUGGCGUUGUGAUUCCUGGAUACAUCGUUGUGACUUCGGAUAGAGACAUCAGAGUGUUAAAGCCUCCCAAGCAAAAGCUUUCUCAUAAAGUUGUGGACGAAACGUGUAUCGCACUGGGUAUUCUCCAUUUACACGGGGGUAUUUGUCUAGCAGUGCUUACGCAACUGGGGUUUUUCAAACUUUUGUCGAUACCAAGUCUCUCUGAUUUAUGUGAUGUAAAACUCCCCAAGGACGUUUAUGAGAAGGUGAAAUCCGCGUUCAGUUUGGGGAUAUCUUCUCUGAGUAUUUUGGCUUCUGGUCUCGCAUUUAUCAGAAGUUCAGGACUGGAAGCGAUUGCUGUACUGAUUUAUGCCACUGACAAGUCUAAUCAGCAGAAGAUCAAAGAGAACCCGACUGACGUGUUGUUCAAUGAAACUGCCAUUAUCCCACCGAGACCGACGGCACUGGCUAUGCUGUGGGCCAAAGGUCAAACAACAUACGUCACCUCAGAUGACUUGGCCUCGUUAUUAUGCGGUCCUAACAGAAAACCCCCCAAGUACCAAGAAACCGAGUUGGCAUACAAUAUUUCCCCUGAAGCUAAUCCACAUCAAGUAUACGGGCAACGUACUACCGAGUACGAGCCAGAGGCGAAAGUCGAAAAGGCGACUUAUAAAGCGCCCAGUCGGAGGGGCCAAGGAGGAUACGGAAUGCCAAACGCAGGAAUGUUCGGGCAGAGCUUCGUGCGGUCAUUACAAGAUGGUCUCAAUGUUGCCGAAGAAACGUUCCAUUCCUAUGCUAAUAGCGCUAGUGAGGCUUUGAAUGAAGGAAUGUCUGAGUCCAAAAAGACCUUCUACACCUCAGCUAUCAAGCUGAAAGCAGGCUUUUAA